AUGAACAACAUAAUUGAAGAAAGAAGAGAAUCUGUAGAUCCCACUGCACCUGCAUCCACUUAUUACACAACUGGAAGAAACGGUCCCAGACAAAGAACUAGAACGUAUACUAAAACGGCUACUAGUUUUAGUGCUGGUGAUUCAAGGGAUUUCAAUAACAAUGCCAUCCAAAGACGUUCAUCCUAUGAGGAUAAGGGUAAAAACCGUAGAUUCUUGAUUGACGUUGAGGCUACACUGCAUCAAAUUUUGGAGCAAGAGGAUACCGACGGCGAUUUCCAGAUUACCAUCAAUGAUCUGGGCCCAAAGACACUCUCUCUUGGUACAGCUGAUUCUGGUGGAUACAAGCGCUUCCAGAUUCGAGGCAAUUACAUGCUAUCCAACCUGCUGCAAGAAUUAGCGCUUGCUAAAGAUUACGGCAGAAAAUAUGUCGUACUGGAUGAAGCCAGAUUGAACGAAAACCCUGUUAAUAGACUAUCUCGAAUGAUCCGUCAUCUGUUUUGGGAUGGUCUCACAAGACGUAUCGACGGUCAAGGACUGGAUGCCAUUUGCUCUGACCCCAAGAACAGACAAAGCGAUGUGGCUCCUCGUAUCUACAUUCCCCAUGACGAAGCUGAGAUUUACGACUACUACCAGCUUGUUGCUGAGGCUAGACCUCAUCUCAAAUUGGAUGUGCAAUAUCUCCCCAAGGACAUUACACCCGAAUACGUCAAAAGCAUCAAUGACAAACCUGGUAUUUUGGCCCUGGCUAUGAACAAGGUGAUUGACGACAGAGGCAAUGUUGAUUUCCACGGUGUCCCUUUUGUUGUUCCCGGUGGUCGCUUCAAUGAAAUGUAUGGCUGGGACUCUUACUUUGAGUCGCUGGGUCUCUUGGCUGAUGGCCGAGUGGAAUUGGCAAAGGGAAUGGCUGAAAACUUUGCGUACGAAAUCAAACAUUACGGUAAAAUUUUGAAUGCCAAUCGCUCCUACUAUUUGUCAAGAUCUCAACCCCCGUUCUUGACGGAUAUGGCAAUCAGAGUGUAUGAGCAGUUGAAUCCUGCAUUGGAGAAGGAAAACAAAGCCUGGUUACGUGAUAUUCUCAAGUCCGCUAUCAAGGAAUAUCAUACUAUCUGGAUGGCUGAACCUAGAUUAGACAAGAAAACCAUGCUCUCGCGUUACAGACCUGAAGGUGUAGGUAUCCCUCCAGAAACAGAAGCCUCGCAUUUCGACCACAUCGUCAUGAAGUUUGCCAAGAAGCACAAUGUCACUAUUCCGGAAUUCAACAAACUGUACAACGACGGUGUCGUCAAGGAGCCUGAAUUGGACGAGUAUUUUUUGCAUGAUCGUGCUGUCCGUGAGUCUGGUCAUGAUACAACUUACCGCUUUGAAGGUGUCUGUGCCAACUUGGCCACUGUUGAUCUGAACGCUUUGCUAUACAAGUAUGAAACUGACUUGGCUGAUUGCAUCAGAGACUUUUUGGAUGACGAUUUGGAAGAUUUUGAUGGAGUCAAGCAGACUGCUGAAGAAUGGUCAGACAGAGCGUCCAAGAGAAGAGAGCGAAUCGACAAGUAUCUGUGGAAUGAAAAGGAGGAUCUUUACUUUGAUUACGAUACCGUCAAGGAGGAGAUGACUACAUACGAGAGUGCUACUGCUUACUGGAUGAUGUGGGCUGGUGCUGCCUCUGAAGAUCAAGCGCAGAGACUAGCAAAGAGCCUAUACAAGUUUGAAGUGAGAGGUGGUCUUGUUUCUGGUACAGAACAGUCAAGAGGUCAUAUUACGCUCGAUCGUCCUAAUCGUCAAUGGGAUUUCCCUUUUGGCUGGGCUCCACAUCAAAUCAUGGCUUGGGUCGCAUUUGACAACUAUGGCAUGGAAGACAUUGCUGGUCGUUUAGCCUACCGUUUCUUGUACACCAUCACCAAAUCAUUUGUCGAUUUCAACGGUGUCGUUCCAGAGAAGUUUGAUGUUGUGAAUCUCUCGCAUCAGGUGCAAGUAGAGUAUGGUAACGUGGGCGUUGAUUUCAAGUUAGUGCCUCGCGAGGGCUUUGGCUGGAUGAACGCUUCGUUUGAAGUAGGUUUGCAGCAUCUCAAUGUACAACAAAGAAGAGCGCUUGGCACCAUCACAGACCCUGAUGAACUCUUCAAGUCGAUGCUGGCCAAGGAACAAGCCAAAUUAUCUGCAGCUGAGAAGCGUGAAGCCUUGUCUCGUCGUCGUGUUUCUACUAUUGCUGCUCGCGAGAUUCUUCGCAAGGAGUCGGAUGCUGUCAUUACCAAGAUCAAUACAGAUGAUAUCAUAAGACAGUCUGUCAGCACGCCUAGAUCUCCUGAAGCAUUUCAAAACUUCCUGUCUCUUCAUACUGAAGACGAGCAUGAAGAUGACGAUACUGAAGAUGACAAUGGUCGUCCCGCGCCACAUUUUGGUGAUUACUUGGAUGCUCCUGCACCCACCUUGUAA